AUUGAGCGGAGACGCUGCUCGCGAUCAUAAGAAUCGGACGCCGUAUCUGAUAACCGCAGGCUGACUUACUCCUGUUUGAAGGCCUUUUAUAGAUAUAGGAAAUAAUUUACGAGGAACUGACGAACUGCACUUCUACCUUCCUUUCUCUCCUAGACGACAGAGGAGGUAGUUGUGGUGUGAGGGGAGUGUGUGUGAGUAAUGGCGGAGCAGCAGAGGCAGCGUUCACUCUCCACAGCAGGAGAAUCACUAUACGUGGUCCUGGGAGUUGAUAAGAACACUGCACCAGAAGACAUAAAGAAAUCCUACAGAAAACUAGCUCUGAAGUUCCACCCUGACAAGAAUCCUGACAAUCCAGAAGCAGUUGAGAAAUUCAAAGAAAUCAACAACGCUCAUACCAUUCUGUCAGACCCUACCAAACGCAACAUCUAUGACAAAUACGGAUCUCUGGGCCUCUACGUGGCAGAACAGUUUGGAGAGGAGAAUGUUAACACAUACUUUGUAUUGUCCAGCUGGUGGGCCAAGGCCUUGUUUAUAUUCUGCGGUGUGGCUACAGGCUGUUAUUUCUGCUGCUGUCUGUGCUGCUGUUGUAACUGCUGCUGUGGGAAGUGUAAACCUCAUUCUCCUCGGGCAGAUGAGCCGGAAUUCUAUGUGUCUCCCGAAGACCUGGAAGCUCAGAUGCAGUCUGAUGAGAGAGGCCGUGCAGAUGGCAGCAGCCCCAUCGUGAUGCAGCCGUCCUCUGCCACAGAAACCACUCAGCUGACCGCAGACUCUCACCACACCACCUACCGGACAGACGCCAGCUAUUAAACCUCCCUCUCUCUCUCACACACACACACACACACACGGGACCACCAUGCCAGAAGAGGUCACGGUGGGCAAUGGGUGAUCCAAAGGAAAGAGGAUGAGCGGUUAGUUAGUUACAGUAUCAUUGGAAAACCUGAAACGCUCCACUGUACAGGGCAAGAAGCGAGUUUAUAUUUAUUUGCCUUUAACCUCUAUUAUCCCCAAACCUACUGCGGUGUUAUAUUCAACACACACACACACUCACACACACAAGGACUUUCUUACAGUGUCCAUACAGUCUUCCUGCUAUGAUUCAAGCUUCAUCUUGCCGACAGCUCUUGUUGUGCAAUUGGCACUGGUUAUCACACUGCAUUUGUCUACAUAAUCAAUGAAAAUAAUUUUUAUCAAUCUUAUUUGAAGCAUGACAACCACAGGACAUAAGGAAUUAUUUUUGUAUGCUUUAGUGUAUUCAGCUAUCAUAAUGGUUAUUGAAGCUGGCUACAAUUUUAUAAUUGUAGAGGUUGUCACACAAACACUACCAUUCAAAAGUUUGGGGUCAGUAAUUGAUUUAUUUAUUUUUAGAAAGGAUGCGUU